AUGCAGAAACGCCACCGGAGGCCGACCACCACCGGGGGCCAACCUUCGUUGCUCACAAACCGCACAGCAGCGCCAAGGAAGCUCGACAAGGGAAUGGGACGAAGCAAGCUUUGCCGAGGAUCGCCGGUCGAAGAGCCAACACCAAGAGGCACCGCACCUCCGCCGCACAACCAACGGAGAGCCAUACGCCAUGAACUCCAAGGCGGUAUCUUCAAGAAGAGUACGGCGCCAAAGCGUCGCUACCGCCCGAUCCAGAGAUCGUGGGUUUUCACCCGGAGGUCGUGGCUGAACCGAGCGCCGCCACACCGACGCCUUCAACAAGGGAACGACGUCCACGGACGUCGCCGUCGUGGCCCAAACGGGCAAGGGUUUCCCCCGGCAAUAGCACUCUGCCCAUCCACACAGGGAAGCGGUCGCCGCCGUAGCAACAACCGCCCCGCUGUCACAGCAUGUGGCUCGUCGGAACCACGCCGUCCACACGGCCGAGGCUCCCAACCAGCACCCGAGUCUCUGGUUCGCCCGCCAACCAGCAGAACUCCCACCGUCCGGGGCCGCCGCCCCGGCGUCCCACCUCUGCAAACUGACAGCCUAAGAGAGAGCAAAGGACAACAUCGAGAAGCCACCGACAGCCAACCAAGGCGCAGGCCGGCCACCACAGCCAGCACCACCGAAGCAAGACGUGAGGAGAUCCGAACCAAACCUGCGAAAGCGGCCGCCUUCAGCCCCCGCGGCUGUCGGCGCCAGCAGAUCUGGGACGGAGACGGCUCGAAGGGGAUCAGGCCCCUGCCUUGGUCCGCACACGCGGAGGCCCAAGGAGCCGCCACCACCGCACCAGGCGGCCUCCACGUCGAGCUCGCGCCAGCGCUGCGCCGCCGCCUGCCUUGCAACUCGCCGCGCCGGUCGCCAUCCGCGCCGCCGUCGCCUCCACCAGCCCGACAGGGCAGAGGGUCGCGCCGCCCGCCGCCGAGGUCACUCCGGGGAGGGGGCCACCGCCGCGAGCACGCCAAGGGGUGCGCCGUCUCCACGCCGAUGCCGGAGCUCCGCGCCGCCACGCCCGACGCCCAGCGCGGCGCCCUCACCGGCAGCGGACGGUUGGUGUUUCCUGGGCUGAGGAUCGAGUGGAUUCCGCAUAGAGAGCAGAGCAAUGGCGGAUUCUGGUGGCAGGUGCUCGAUCCUGAGACGAGCGAGUCGAACGCCCAUUUUCAUGGAAUGCCAUGA